AGCAAGUGGAAGCCGAUGUCAAAAAAAGUUUGCAAACAGAGGGAGAAGAUGUCAAUAAACACAUGGACAUAGUCACGGAAUUGAUUAAAGAAAAUAUGAAGGUAAGCUAUUGAAGGAAGUUGUAUCCCCUUAAGGUAUAUCGGUAACAAUUUGACUCUCAACUGACCUUAAAAUACAUGUCAUUUGAAAAACCAUUACUCCGCUUAAUGUUUGUUGAAACUUUAUUAAUUAAGCAGCUAUUAUAAGAUAGCAGAUCACAUAACAUGUUGAACCACUACAUGUGUGUUGAUGGAGCUACCCAACUCAACACACUAAUUCAGGAAGCUAGAAAGCAGUGGCCCUCAGCCCCAUGAUUGUAUUUGGUAAAUGGUAAAGCCACAGCAAAUACAGUCUCAGAGCUUUUGAUUUAACCUCAUUUAUGUAACCAAUUAAAUAAGACUUACCGUGUCUGUCAUCUACUACUAGUAAUACAAAAUGUGUCAUUUCUAAAUUAGAGCUACACUUAUUAAUGUACUAAAACAUCUCAUUCGAGCGUCAUACCAGCAGUGGUAGAAAAUGUUUAAUUUCAAUUUUGCUGUAAUAGAAAAGUUUUGUUCCAAUUUCGCAAUAUGAUAUAAGUUAUUCUACAAAAUUAAAGUAGUGGUACAAAAUGUGUUCGUCAAUAUUAAAUUGUUCUAGUACUGGUACAUAGAUGUGUCUGUCAAAUAUUAAAUUGUUCUAGUACUGGUACAUAGAUGUGUCUGUCAAAUAUUAAAUUGUUCUAGUACUGGUACAUAGAUGUGUCUGUCAAAUAUUAAAUUGUACUAGUAGUGAUACAAAAAUGUAUCUGUCCAAUAUUAAAUUGUGCUAGUAGUGGCUCAAAGAAUGGCAAUCCAAUAUUACAUUUUUCUAGUUGUGCUACGAAUAGUGUCAUCCAAUAUUAAUGUGUCCUAGUAGUAGUGGUACAAAUCAAAUAUUGGAUGGACUCAAUUCGUACAAAUAUUAAAUUGUACUGGUAGUACUUGUAUUGGUGCAGAAUGUUAAUAUUUCCCAAUAGUGUCUAGGAUUAUUCUAUUUUUAAUUAUUUUCUUACAGGAAAAGAAGUUAAUACGGCCCUCAGGUACUGAAGUAAAACUCAAAGGGGCCUGCUAUGUUCAUGAUGUAAUAACUUCACGUGUUGAGCAGAUUCUGAACCAGGUCAACAUUCAGCUUAUAUUGGCUACAGCUAUACCAAGUUUUUCAACAACAAAGAAAUUCUUGGAAGAUGGCCUAGAGAAAUUAAAGCGAAGAAGGCACGGGGAGACCGAUGAUGUUAUGGAUUAUGUUUUUGUUGAGAGAAAUUGUUAAAAAACAGUUUGGUAAAGUACUAGAGACAUUAUCAAUAGGUUUCAGUAGGCAGGCCAGUGAUUGUGUCUUACAGUACUAGGGUAAUUUGUUUUUUGUUGGGUAAUAAUUUAUACAUGGUAACAAAAUAAAUUUUUAAAACGUUUAUUGUAUUCUUGAUACUGGUACUAGAAUAUUCAUAUUUUUUCUCUCAAGUAGUCUUGAAAGAUAAUUUUUUUUUAAAUGUUCAAUCUGCAUUUUUGCAAUUGAAAAAGCUAAGGAAGAUAAACCUAAGCUGCAGGAGUAAUUUUAUGACCUGGGAGGAUGUUUUCUGUGGUCAAAUUUCAUAGGCUAAAAUUUUUAUAUUAAAAAAUGUGCCUAGGUGAUUAUUUUUCAGUUAACCCACGAACUGUGGCAUGCAUCAUUCUGUGGUGUGGAGCUAUUCAGAGCGUUUUGAGUGCCAUUUAAAAUUGCAUUAAAUGACAUAGAAAUAUUGAUACAAGACCCCUCAGGCAAAAUAGUUAUUAUUGACUAGUAAACAUUUAAAAAGGAACUGUGGAACUGAUUUGGGUUAACUAUAAAAUUUAUUAGUUCUGAACUAUAACCUGUAGCUUCUGUGACUAAAAUUCAGUCAGUCCUUACCCAACCUCCUGGCCUGGCUCGAAGUCUAACAGUAGCCUACUUCAGUAUCACUAAGACUAGUAUAAAAUUCACGAGAAGAAUAAUCUCAACUGAUUUCGUCAUGGAGAAUGUUAAAAUCAUCACCAGUAUCACUUAAAACCUCUCCUAAAAAGCUUUCAAACAUAUUUCUAUUAGUUCUCGCACUGAAGGCCCAGCCAUGGCUUCAACCAUUUUAGCUUUAAAAAAAAAAAACAGCGAUAUAAAACUCCGUUUAAAAAGUAUUUAUUUUCAAGUUACCACGAAACAGCUUGAACCGGAAGAUGAUUUAAUUAUUAAUAAAAGAAAGUGGCUAUAAUUCCGGUUAAAUAUUGGAUUGGAAGUUGCUAUCAGACCGUGUUUUUAUCGGCUGAUUUUUUUCAGCCGCCACAGUACAGAAUGAGAAAGUCGUGGGUUAAUGUUAAUUAGACUUAUUUUGAUGAUUGAUCAAUGAUCAAUUUUGAUUGAUGGCAUGUGCUGUAAAUUGAGGCCAGACCAAAAUUUCUGUCAUAAUUUCCUAACUCAUAUUAUUCUAUUUAGCUGCUAAAAAUAGCUUUUGUUAAAAACUUUCCUUUGAGUACCAAUAUUUGUGAUUGCUUUUAAAAAUAAAAUGUUC